AUGACUGACAUUGCUGUCAUUGACGAAUGGAUCACUACCGACAAUGGCUACUCGAUCUUCACCAAGACAUGGAAGCCUUCGACAACCGUCGUAGCUCAGAUUGUGAUGGUGCAUGGCUUUGGUGAGCAUAUCACACGCUACGAUCGCAUGUUCCAAUAUUGGGCCGAGCAUGGUAUACAAUGUUAUGGAUUCGAUCAGCGAGGAUUUGGACAAAGUGGACAAAAAGCAAAUGAUCGUGGCAACAACCAUGGGUAUCACACUGUUCUUCAAGACAUCAAUGCAGCUAUCCACCGUGUCAAGCAACCUGAUGUUCCCCUCUUCUUGAUGGGCCAUAGUAUGGGAGGUGGUCUCAUUCUCAAUCUACUCUUCCGCCCUGAAGAGUAUGAUGGCGUCAAGUUUGUAGCGGGUGCCAUUGCUUCAGCUCCCCUUGUGCGAUUGAGCAUGCCAAUCUCUCCUUUCAGAUAUUACCCUCUCUUGCUUGCAUCCAACCUUAUUCCCAACUUCACAAUCCAAGCUGGCUUGAAUCCCGAUGCCAUGUCUCAUGACGCUGACGAGGUCAAGAAGCUUAUAGAAGAUCCUCUUGUGCAUGAUUAUGCCACCCUGGGAACAGUUCGCAGUUUCUUGGAUGCAGGAGAAGAUGUGAUCAAGCAUGCUCAUAAGAUCAAGACACCCAUUGUUUACUCGCACGGUAUCCCUGAUGCUAUCAAUGAUUACAAGGCUACCAAGAUUGCAUAUGAGUCAACGGGGAGUACGGACAAGACGCUAAAGGCAUGGGACGACCUCUUCCACGAUUUGCAUAAUGAGACACCUGCAGAACGUCAGCAAGUCAUGGAUUAUUAUUUAGAAUGGAUAAAGGCUCGAAUUCCUUCUACAGUGUAA